GGGGAUGCUGGAUGAUAAAGGUCAAGCUCUAGAGCUUCUGAAGGAGAAGAGGAUGUACUUGAAAGUGCGGAUAGAAUCGAUUGAGAAUCUCACAAUUGAUAUCAAUAACCUGGAGGAUAAGAUAACAAAUAAUACGGUUAAGCAUAAUGAGGAAUUGGAAAAACUGAAACAACAGAGGAGAGCUUUGAACGAAAGGAAGGAUUUGACGCCGGAGGAAAUAGAACAAGCCAAGAUGGAAUUGGAUAAGAAAAUUGCCAAGAAGGAGAUGGUGCACGCAUCGAGCUUACGCAAUUUGCAAACCAAAGUUUCGAGUCUGAAGGACGAUAAAAAUAUGAGCGUGAAGAAUUUGAAGAACAUCGAUGAUAAUGCGAUAAUGGAGGAGAUUGCCGGGGUGGAGAUGAGUGACAAGGAACUGGAAGAAUUCGAAAAGACUGUGGCACUGUUCGGAGAAAAGGGAUGGGAACAUUUUCUGGACAACAUCGACCUCUCCUCCAAAGAGAAACUAGAGUGUAAUCGCUUCUCGCUGCUGCUUUUUUUAUUGACCCUAAUUUUUUUAUGUGGAUGCGAUACAAAGUGUUGUUAGGGAAACGGGAACUAACUCUGACC